ACAAAGCCCGCACAAAGUGGAAGUGAAACAUAGACUUGCGUUUCUAGUCACGACGCUGUCAGCUCAUCGCCACUUAUUCUUGGGAACACAUUGUACCAGGAUGGGAAGCGAUUAUUCAAAGGACGGCUGCGUUCACAAUCCACCAAUGGACGAGCGGAACCUGAAAGUCCUGAAGGAUUACCUGAGAAACUACGAACUUCCUAAAGGGCAUGAGGGUUACGUCAACAUCCUGAUGUUCGGCAUGGUAGGGGCUGGGAAAUCUUCCACCAUCAACACCUUCCUCUCGGCUCUGGAUCCAAAUGGAAGGACCACGACAUGUGUCCCGACCGGGACAAAUCCCGAUUCUCUUACAACGGAGCUGAGAUCCUACAAGUUGGGAAAGUUAAAGUUUUGGGAUACAGCCGGAUGGAAUGCAUUGGAGCCGUGUCAGGAAACGAAAGUACUUCUUCGCUUGAUACUGGAGGGAAGAAUCCCCAUAGGAACAAACCUGCACGAUUUCAUUCCGACCUCUGCUAAAGUGAAUCCAGUCAUUUUGGGAAAUGUCAUUCACGGAGUUGCUUUCGUUUUUGACACGACCGUUGUGGACAAAAUCAGUGACGAUAUAAUGAAGCAGUUUCAGGAUUUACAGACCAUCGUAGCACAGAAAUGUGUUUACAGGGUUGUGAUCGGGACCAAGUUUGAAAACUUAGGGAUAGAGGAGAAGAACCAUGCUUGGAUUUAUGAAUACAAGCCCCUGCAGCAGAAGUUUAUUCAGUUGUCAGCUUCUACUGGAAUAAAUAAGCAAUGCAUGUUUGUGGUUUCCAAUCAAUGGAAUGGUGAUCAGAUCACAAUGAUAAAACAAAUUCUUGCCCUGUAUGUUCUGGAACACAUGAUCAGAAACAUCGACCGCUAUCUGAAAACAACAGCAUAAUGGGAAGAACCAAGGUUGUAUACAACUGUCGAGCUGGAACUCAUACUGACUCCGGACCACCUUGGCUGACCUAGCUCUCUUAACAAACUCCGAUGUGUCAACCUGCUGUCUGAUGAAUGUUGAGGAUUUAUCAAUUAUAUGGAUAUAAAGUUUCAACUCACAUAUUCCUGUUAAUUAAAAAUACAGUCAUUGCUUGUAACUUGGCCGUCUAAACAUGUCCUUUCGAAGUACAUAUCCAAAAGCCUUUUUGUAGAUUGGUUACUGCAUGUGAACCAAUCAGAGUAGUGUAGCACCAUUAACCCCACUUUACUGUACACUUUAUAUUAACACCCACUUCCUACAUUAGGUAGUCUUGGAAGUGGUAGUGAUGAACUAACAACCUGAUGUACCGCUCUGCUAUAUGUUAUAAUUAAAGAUGACAAACUCUAGAA